AUGACAGUAGAGGGGAAUCGCGCUAUUUUCAAAUAUUUCACAAGUUGCAUAAUUGUUGCGCGAUAUCAAAAUAAAUAAAACUUACAACUGUUGCAAUCAAAUCAAUCAAAAAUAGAUAUCACUACUUUUUUUGCACUUGUCACUUGAAUUUUACGAAUUUUUACAAACGCACCAGAAGAAAAUGGAUGAUCGCAACUCAACUUUAAUUGAGCACUUCCUCUGUGGUGGAAUGGGCGGCACGUGGACGGUUCUCGUCGGUCAUCCAUUCGAUACCGUCAAAGUCCGUCUACAAACCAUGCCAAAACCCGAGCCAGGCAAACCACCCCUAUACAGUGGCAUGUUUGACUGUUUCCGUACUACUAUAAUCAAAGAGGGCCCUAGUGGAUUGUACAAAGGCAUGUUGGUGCCGUUAUUAACAAUCACACCCGUCUUCGCCAUCUCCUUCAUGUCCUACCAGCUGGGCAAGAAAAUUUUUGCUCACAACGAUCCCGCGCCUUCCAACUGGCGCAAGUUCCUAGCUGGGGCAUUCGCUGGUGUGGUCACAACCACUGUCAUGGCCCCGGUAGAGCGUGUAAAGUGCAUGUUGCAAAUCCAACGCGAAAGAGAGAAGGCCGAUCGGCAAUUUCGUGGACCAAUUCAUCUCAUUAGCGCUGAACUGGCCGAGGGCGGUAUUUCAAGGAUCUACAAAGGAUUCUUCGCCACCAUUCUUAGAGAAUUCCCAGGGAGUGGCAUUUACUUCCUCACUUAUGAGUGGUUUACAUCGUACCACACUGUGGGUACAUCUGCGACUCUCUUGAAGAUGGUCAUUGGAGGUGGAAUGGCAGGAGUUGUUAUGUGGAUGAUUGUUUUGCCCUUUGACACGCUCAAGAGUCGUCUGCAAACUGCACCGCCUGGUACCUAUACUGGAUUGGGGCAUGUGUUUAAGGAUCUCAUGGCUCACGAAGGACCUGCUGCUUUGUACAAAGGCGCCGUGCCGGUCAUGGCUAGGGCUUUUCCUGCCAACGCUGCUUGCUUCCUUGGUUUUGAGUUUUGCAAUAAGCAAAUUGUGCAAAGACUCCGGAAACCAACUCCUGAUUAAAUUAAUUAUGAAUUGCUUGAUUUAUGAAACCAAUACAUUUUUAAAUUUGA